CCGUGUUCGUUUAGUAGAACCCUAACUUAAAGUGCGGCGGCGGCGAGCAUACCACGCGGCAGGCCUGGUUAGCAAUCUCAACCCCCAAAAAGGAGAGAUCGAUGGCGGCUGGAGGCGGGGGAGGCGAGGUGCUGACGCCUCGUGAGUUGGCGAUGGAAGAGAUGGAUCCGCAGCCUGGCGUUUUCUCCGAAGCAGAGAUCCUGAGGAUGGAGAUUGCGUCCCUGGUGAACUUGCUCAGGGAGAAGCAGUCUGACGUUCUUUCGCUCGAUCCUGAGACCGUGAGGAAAAUCACGUCCCUGAGGAGCGAGAUCGCGUGCCAGAAGUUGGAAAGGGAGGUUCCGGAGGUCAAACGCACAGUGCCGCGGAGGCGUAAAAAGUUCUCUGCAGUGCCGAGGGUCGGGCAGAAGAAGGAGAUCAUGGCCGAUCAGGAGAGCAUGGAUCUGUCCAACUCCAACACGCAGAGUGUGAGCUCCCAAGUCAGUUGCAUCUCCGAGCAGAUGCCCGAGCGCUGCGAACAGAAGGAGAUCGACUCGGAGAAAAUCAAACCAGCCUCCAGAUUCGAAUCCAACUUGGAGCAUGUAUAUUUGCCCUACGGUGGCGAGGACGAGGGGGAGCGCAGGCCAAUUCAGUUGUAUAUUGGAGCAGGCGGAGGCCUUGUGCGACGAGAUGGCAUCUAUGGCAUCUAUUCUGGGCAAAAUCAGUAUCCCCCUCAUCUCCUAUUACGAUGUCUCCAAUCUGUUUCACAUGGCGUAUAGAUUUUUGAAGAUCUCCAAGAGUAUAUACGAUUAUACCUGCAAUGCUGAUAAACAGAUGGCUGACCAAUGUGCUGAGGACCAGAGGACCAAGGAGUAUGUGGAGAUGACUGAUCAGGUGGACAAAGGCAAAUCCAGCACCCACUGUCUUAACCAGAGUAGCAAGGAAGAGGUGGAUGAAUCUGUAACAGAUUUGACAAUGGACCUUUGUAAAUCAAACAUGGAGACGCACCAGAAGGCUGCUGAUAGCCAGAUGAUUGAUCUCACGGUGGGCAAAGGCCAAUCAAGCACGGAGACGCAUGCGUUGAGGAUGAUGGACCAAGGAAAAUCAAGCAGUGAAGGCGAAUCAAGUAACGAAGGCAAAUCAAGCACGGAGACGCGUGCGUCGAGGAUGAUGGACCAAGGCAACUCAAGUAGUGAAGGCCAAUCAAGCACGGAGACGCGUGCGUUUAGGAUGAUGGACCAAGGAAAAUCAAGUAGUGAAGGCCAAUCAAGCACGGAGAUGCAAGGCCAAUCAAGUAACGAAAGCAAAUCAAGCACGGAGACGCAUGCCUCGAGGAUGAUGGACCAAGGCAAAAAAUCAAGCUUUAGGAUGGGCCUGGAUUGCGAUGAGAAUGGUAUGCCCAACUUGUGCAAAUAUUACGAGAUGCUCGAAUGUGAGGAUGCGGAGGAGGAAGAUGAGGAGAUGACUCCGGAGGGUGUAAGGAUGUAUAACAAAUUCCGUAAGGAGCUGUUAGAGAUGGAAGCUGGCUUACGCAAGGAGCGGGAGCAGGAUCAAAAGGACGCGCUGAGGUGGGAGCAGGAUCAAAUUGACACACCGAGCUGUUACACAAUGGACCCGAUCCCCUUCUCACUUCAGGACGAGGCAGAGGAGACUGAGGAGGCGGAGGAGACGGAAUUCACAAAAUCAGACACGGAAGAGAUGGAGAUGGCGGACAAGUUGUUUGCUUUAGGGCGUAAAGGCUGGGAAUCUGCAUGGGGAGACGACUGCGGUAACUUCGAAGACAGGACCGUAUUGAGUCCUAUGCACUUUACACAUUGCACGCCGGGACUGAUCCCGUACGCUGCUCGCACUGUGAGCACCUUGCAAAUCUACUCCGUGAAGAUUGUUGGAAGAGAUGGAAAGUUGAAGUUGCCACUCCAUGUUUAUGGGAUCGUCGCUGCCCGAGAUGCCGUGGACUACAACCGCAACAUUCUCUUCUCCCGGCGAAGGGAAAACUGCCAAAAACUAACUCCAGAGGAUCCUUUUUUGCGCUUGACUGGCCCGUCCCGUGCAAUUGUGGCUGUGGACGAUGUUGAUUUCGAAGUCCAACUGAAAGUAAAGGGCUCAUCAAGGUCUCGCGACAGAGCAUUGAUGAGUCAUCGCUUUACUUACGCCGGUGGUUACCAUGAAGGUUUACAUACCACGUUCUCCAGCAACAGCUUUUGCACAGUAGAAUUGAGCUAUGAGCGACUUACAGAGACAGUCCAGGCUACUAUCUUGAGUGCGCGUGUUGUUGAAGGGGCGCCUUGGCCUUUUGAAUAUGGCGGGCGGAUUAUGUGCUCCUCGCCACCACAGGAAGUUACGGACUCCCUAUCCAGGCAAGUUGUGUUGGUUGAUUCUCAUCGUUCUGAUGAUGGUGGAGAAAUGCCAAUGGGCUCGGAUGGUUACAUUGAUCUGUCAAGGCAUGUUGUUUCUGUAGAACUUGAAGAAAGCCUGCAGUUUGUCAUACAAGCCUACUCACAGUCUGGUGAUGCUAUUGCUAGACAAGGUAGUGUCAGGUUCAGGACCAAAUACUGCAACAUAAGUCGAGCGAUAUGUGAGAUUGGUGACUCUAAGGUGGAGAUAACUGUCGCUUGGUCCCAACUUGCUAAGCACAAGAGGGAUAUCCUCUUAGAAGGACAUGUUUGACGGCUCUUGUGCCGUGGAUGUUCUGGACUGCAGAAUUAUUUGUCUUUGAUUAGUAGUAUAAAUCUGUCCUGUACCUCUUGCCCAAUUUUAUCUGUUUAUGUCUUGCAUGCGGUUUGCAGAACUGCAGAAUUAUUUCUUUUUGAUUA